CAGCCAGCCUAUAUAAGCGGCUUGCGGGGCGUACACUGAUGCCAGGGUAGCCUUGAGGGGUUCGAGAGAGCUUUUGGUUUGGUGGCGUCUUUCGCUCCUAGAGGCGACACCUCAGGGACGAUGGCAGAGGGAGAUAAUCGCAGCACCAAUCUGCUGGCUGCAGAGACUGCAAAUCUGGAAGAGCAGCUGCAGGGAUGGGGAGAAGUGAUGCUGAUGGCAGAUAAAGUCCUCCGAUGGGAAAGAGCCUGGUUUCCACCUGCCAUCAUGGGCGUGGUUUCUUUGGUGUUUCUGACUAUCUACUAUCUAGAUCCAUCUGUUCUGUCCGGUGUUUCCUGUUUUGUAAUGUUUUUGUGCUUGGCUGACUACCUGGUUCCCAUUCUAGCACCUAGAAUUUUUGGCUCCAAUAAAUGGACCACUGAGCAACAGCAAAGAUUCCAUGAAAUUUGCAGCAAUCUGGUAAAAACUCGACGCAGAGCUGUGGGCUGGUGGAAACGUCUCUUUACACUAAAGGAAGAAAAGCCUAAAAUGUACUUCAUGACCAUGAUCGUUUCUCUUGCCGCGGUGGCUUGGGUGGGACAGCAAGUCCACAACCUUCUUCUGACCUACCUGAUAGUGACUUUCUUCCUGUUGCUUCCUGGACUAAACCAACACGGCAUCAUUUCGAAGUACAUUGGAAUGGCCAAAAGGGAGAUAAACAAGCUUCUCAAACAAAAAGAGAAGAAAAAUGAAUGAUGCACCUGCUUUAUUCAGUGUGAUUACUGGCGUGUACGCUGUCCCUGGAAACGGUGUUUGUUAUGCUAUCUGAUACUAAAACGUUAUGGAAGUAGUUCUUUGCUCGCUCUCCUUGUGCCCUUAGUUAUUAGAAGUUCCUCUAAGGCUUCGUGGCCCCGUGUCUCCGUGGCUGCCCCCUCAUCGGCUGCCCUUAUAUGGACAAUUCAUUCGUCUGUACCACUCACUUUUCUUGAUCACUCUCACCCAGGGUUAGUUAAAGUCUUUUCCAAUAAGAUAGUGGUGGGCUUCACUCUUUCGUACACCUAACAGUGACUUGGGAUAAUUGCUGGAGUUGAUCUUUGCUUUAGCUCGUAGUGGUCUAUGACGACAGGAAGCUGGUUCUGCUGUCUACUUCCACAGGCUGCUUAAAAAACUCUGUGGCUUCGUGAAUCUAGAGACCAAGUUUACCGCUUCUGAUGAAGAAGAAAGACCAAUUAAGACUCAUUCCUCCUUCUGUUUCAGUACCAUGGGAGAAGAAACCUCAUGGAGUGACAUGAAACUAAUUCCAUGCCGUAGUAUGGGCUGGUUUCUCCCUUGUGCAGAAUAUAGCCGUUUGUAGGAAGCUCGGAUCCUCCCUCCCGGAUGGGGAAACUGACAGCCUUCGAUAGACCUCUUGUCCCCUUGCUCUGGAACUUAGUACGGCCUUCAAGGCUUUUUGGUAGCAGGCUUCCAAAAGUUGGUGUUUAGGGUUUUAUAUCUGAUUUUCAACUAACUAAAACUGAAGUAUCUAAUAGGUGAAGACUCUCAUGUCUAUAACCUUCACUCCAAGACCAGCCAAUAAAGGAUAGACGUCUGCCUGUGUUUAGUCAAGAUUCAUUUUCAUAGAAAAACUUCUCUUUUUUUCAAGACCAGCAAGCCUCAGGCUUCUUGGGUUACGGUAGUGCUGGCCGCUUCGGUCCCCAUAAAUUGGGCGGAGGAGGUGGAGGGACGCUGGCCUCUGACUUUUUCCCUGGAUGUUUCUCUGGAGCAUGCGAGGGCUGUUGGUGAGAGCAGACAGACUGUGGCCAGAGUCGGCCUCUGGUCUCCAGAGACCGUGUAAUUCUUUUGAAAGCGUCUUAGCCUCAUUCUCCUUCUUAGUACCUAGAAAUCGAAGUAGUUGAAACCUGUAGGAAGGAACCUCUGCGGGCUGAAAAUGUGACACAUUUGGGAACAGUUCUUUCAACUCUGAUGAAGUAGCUGUGAUAUAGUUUGUGAAUUUGUUGCACUGAUGCUGUAAAACCUGGACCCUGUCACAGACGGUCUCUCUGUAAGUGUUUUCUCCCCUUCAAUAUUGCUGUGAACAGUGGCACCCAUAUAGCCUGUGUUUGCCUUUUCUUUCUUAAUGUUUUGUAUGAAAACCACAAACUACCUUAACGUGUGUUUUCCUCGUUGUAAAUAAGCUUGUCUUCCUUUCCAGAUUUUUUUUGUGUGUAUAUGUGUUUUACUUACGAAUUAACUACUUUUGCAGUUUUAAGCCUGUAUUUUUUCUUCUACUUUGUUUUGUGUAAAAGGGGAAAAAUAAAAAAGCCGGCAUCCCUU